AUGUCAGAGGAACCAUCAUCGCCUCGGCCUGGGCCGCCAGCACUGCUGCGCUCCUCAGGGUUCCGCCUAGUGCUGUUGCUGCUGACGCCGUUCUUCGCGCUAUUACUGACACUUUGGGGCAUAAUUGGCCGCGUUUUCACUCUUCCGCCCAAACUCGUAGCUGCAACAGCUUUCAUGGUCACAUGGGUCCUGUAUCUCUGCAUUCCUCACAUUCCUGUACGUCUGCUGGACUGGCCGCUGGUCAUCACUCUGGGUCUCGCCAUCCUCUCGCUGCUGCCGCGACACAACAGUCACGUCGCUCAUGGAGCUGUGACAGCUACACUGGUGGUUUACGCCAUCAUUCGCGUGAGUCUCACGAGUCUAGAGAGCGGCACUACCGAGAAAUCCAUCGUGGAAGCGUUGGCAGUGCUUUGCUGUCUAUUUCCAGUGUGGUUAUCGAUUUGCAACUUGCAUUUGUGGUUGCCGUCAGAUCUGGAUGAACUGGAAAAAGUCGAGAGGAAGAUUUACGAACAUUUCAUCGUGACGGAGUUCUCGCAGACGAAAGUCGCAGGUCUCGGCACAAUUCACGUGCCAUAUUGCGGUGACGGCAAGCAGCUCCCGCCGAGGAAUUUGGUUCUUGUGCAUGGAUAUCUCGCUGGUAAUGCAUUCUGGACGGCGAACUUGCAAACUCUUGCAAAAUCAUUCAACUAUGCAGUCGAAUGGAAAGGAAUUGGACGAUCAGAUCGCCCGAAAUGGCAUCCGAAGACGGAUGACGAAAUGGAUGACUUCUUUGUGGAGUCGCUAGAAAACUGGAGACGCGAGGUGAAUCUCGAUCGCUUUAUCCUUUGUGGUCAUUCAAUGGGGGCCAUGUACAGUACUUACUUUGCGGAGAAAUACCCGCAACGUGUUGAGCACCUCAUUCUGAUCUCCCCCGCUGGAGUCAACAGUAGCGGCCUAACGCAAGAAGAUCUCCCCUCAUUUUUGAGGUUUACGUCGCUAUUCUACAUCACUCCAAUGAGUGCAAUACGAUUCGCGGGUCCACUAGGCCCCGGUCUCGUUCGAUGGUCGUGGCGUCAACGCAUCAAAUGGACACCAGCUACCAACAUCGUUCGAUCAGGGGAGGCGGACUUUGGUCUCAUUACGAACUAUUGCUACCACAACUGGGCGCUCCAGGCCUCGGGCGAUAUCGCGUUCUACACGCACUUGCACCCGGGAGCGAGUGCGAGACGUCGUGCAUUGGACAGCAUUCUAACCCCAGCGAAACUUCACGUCCCACUGACAAUUAUGUACGGUGGCGGCAUGGACUGGAUGAACUCGGAAUACGGUGAGGCGGUUGUUCGACGGCUGGAAAAGACCCAAUACGCCGUUUUCCGACUGGUUCCCAUGUCGGGUCACCAGGUGUUUAUGGACAACCCGAGCGACUUCAAUCAAAUGUUCAUCCAGGCGGUGCGCGACCAGGAGCAUGCGGCCACGCAAUUCACUCAACAGCCAAGUGGCAUCUAG